AUCAUUCGGUGCGCGUCGUCAUUCCACAAAUCCGCUCGAUACUCGUUUUACUCGAUCGCCAUCUUGUUGAUUUUCUAAACUCGUGAUUAUCACUCGAUUCGAUACGCGUUGUUGUAAACUUUUUUGAUUGAUCAAGAAUCGAUAUAAUUUUGAAAUCAAAACAGUGAAUCAAUAUGAAGAAAGUUUCUUCUGUUGUGUGGCAGUUUUUUGAUCGCUUGGAAGAAAAUAAAAGAUGUGUAGCUGUUCUGUGUAAACUUUGUGAUUCUGAAUACAAAUAUUUUGGUAACACGACUAACUUGAGAGCUCAUUUGAUCAAAAAACACCCAAUACAAUGGGAAUUUAGACAAAAUAAUUUGGAUAAUACCCAGAAGACAUUGGAAGAGACAGUAGUACAUACUUUCGAGGAAGACGACAAUACCAACCAGUCAACGAAUUCGCCGAAACGAAGGAAAUAUGUAAGAGCCACCGCGAAAGAUCAAAACGUACGUUAUGCACUGUCCAUUAAACAUAUUGAUAGUGAUACGGCGGGAGAAGACGCAGUUCCCCAAAUUGAAAUCCAAAGGGUUGAUGUGCAAGAGAACUCUGAAACAGAAACUGAGCAUGUUGAUGAAGAUGUAGCAACACUUAACUUGGUACGGCAAAUGCACGAUAACCAAGGUUCAGAUGAAGAAUGGCUAGAAGACGAUUAUAUCCAACUUGACAGGUACGAGCCCGCUAAACGUAAGAGAUCAUAUAGAAAAAUCAAGCGAGAAGUAGUGACUCCCCCACGCAAAACACCUUACCAUGCCCAGAGUGUCACAAAAACUCCAAGACGAACAGAGCGAAUAGUCAUUGAAGACCCAAAGAAAGACGAGUAUUCUGUCUUUGGCGAGUACAUAGCUAAUAAACUCAGAAAAUUCAAAGCUCCUCGUACAAGAGGCAAUAUUCAGCAGAUUAUUACAACCAUUUUAUGGCAAGCAGAGUACGGAUUGUAUGAUGAUGCAGAAGCUGUAAAGAGAGUACUUAUGCUGUCAACUGCCCAAUAUGGUGAGGAGGAGCAGCAAAGCACCAGCCAAAUAAAUGAGAUGCAAAUGCAAACAGACCAAUACACUUUGGAGAAGGGUCAUGAAGAUGGUGUGCAGACUAUUGAGUCUGGGUAGUGGUUAUUUGAACACACUCUUUAUACAUCAAAACUUUAACUGUGAAAAGACAAACUGAAAUAAUUGCAUGCCGAACCAGGUUUACCACAGAUUUAUAUAAAAAUAAGUGAAAGUGAACAUGCCAAAGUUACAAAAUCAAAAGGAUUUCUUAAUACAUGUUUUAGAAAAGUAAAAUAGGUGUCUACUUUACUUAGCAAGCUUCAAUGGGGUAAUUUUAAUAACUUUGUAAUAUUUGUGAUGUUACAGUUGUAUAUCAAUGCUUGUUACAUUAAUUGCUCAUAUACCUACGUACAAAUAAUUGUCAAAGUUGUAAAUUUACUUAUUAAUUUACAUGUUCAUAAAAUGUAAUUUGAAGUGUGUUGAAUGUAAAUAAAAUGUUUAAUGCUGCAA